AUGGCAGCCGCCCCUGACCCAGAUGAAAUACUUUGUUCGACGAGUGAAAAGACAAAUUUCCAACGGAUUACAAGACUUUUAAUAAGUGGAGGAACAAGCCUACUGAGGGAGAUUUUUGACUCCAUACAUCCACCAAGUCAUCUUCCUAAGAUUCUUAGCAAUCCCGUAACAAAGAACCAGCUUAAAAGUGCAAAACUCACCAGGCCCCAGUGGCACUGUCUCUGUCCCUCCCCAGGGGUGUAUGGCAAGUCGGCCGAUUCUGAUGUCACUUUGCUCUUCCGUUUGUUGAGGACAAUAUGUAACCUUGCCCCUCCGGUCACAGGAUGGGAUGCACUACCGGCCAGUACAGAUCACAGAUUAACAGCUGAUAUAGCAAGAAUAAAAUAUUACCGAAACUCAGUCUAUGGUCACGUGAACCAGGGUAUGGAAAUUACAGAUGAUGAGUUUCCAACACUUUGGCAGGAAAUCAGUGAAGCUCUUGUGAGGAUUGCUGGACAGAUUAGUCCCGCUCGGAAAACUGCUUGGCAAGGAGCCAUUGCCAAAUAUUUGACAGAUCCUCUUACAGUUGAAGAUGAAAGAAAUCUACAAGAACUAAAGGCAUGGUAUAAAAGUGACAUGGAUGUCAAGAAGUCGAUAGUGGAAGUCAGUGAACGGAUUAAUCAUUUGGAGGUGAGAUUUAGCGUUUCUUUCUCACUUAUUUAUUCAUUCAUUUAUUUCACCAUACAAAGUAAAUUCGUCACCAAUUCACCAAUUUCCUUACUUAACCUUUUUUUGAUCACGCUGAUAUGUUACAAUAUCUUAAUUUUACGUUGAGACCUAAGAGUGUCGAAAAGAUUUCCAUGCGGCGAACUUUCAUCCUGUUCUAGGGUUCAGUGGGACCCCGCGUUAUUACAGCCUUGUUUUUUGGCCGCCCGGGAAAACGACCAUACAUUUUCUUGUAAAAAAAAAACCUCCGUUAAUACGGUCACCUGUUAACACGGCCAAAUUUUUUUGGCCCAUUGGUGACCGUAUUAACGGUUUCCACUGUAUACUAGUGAUAGAUAUUGCCAAUCAAACAUAUUUUCCAGACACGCUUUUGACCCACGACUUUAACCCUCAGCCCCCACCACUCCCGGCCCAACAACCCACACCAAAAUGUCAAAAACAUUAUACAACUUUCCCCCGAGGGGAAGGUGAAUAGUGGUGGAUAGAUACCCGCGUCUCGGUAUACAUGUAUAUCUAGCGCUGUUCACCGACCCGGAGGGGGAUAGUUGUUUUAGUAUUUACCAAAUCAUUUGGAUACAAAUGAGAGAAAAGUAACUUUUUGUAAAUUAAAAACGUCACUUAAUAGAAAGUUUCUUUACAAUUUACAUAGAUUUCGGGGAGAUUUUGUCAAGCGCAUUUUUACGAUUUUAUUGCAAUUGAGCAUGAACGUAAUUUUCUACCUAUCAGUAAACACUGACAAGCCAAAGUUCGUCCCUUUUUUGGUAUUUGUUUGUACGACUGAUUCAUUUAUCGCUCAAAUUUCGUCUUCCGAAAAUUUCUCGACACGAGACGCCACCUUGGCUCAGGGACCCGUUUCUCGAAAGGCCCGGUAACUUUUCGGGUCCGAAGGCAAAUUCUAAAAUCAAAACCUAUUGAAAAUUAGCACAGUUCCAAGCUCAGCAAACUGGUCAAUUUUGUUCGCUAACUGAUAGUUUCAUUAUAUCGUUUUCAAAAUUAUUGAAACUUUGAUCUUGAAUGCAAACACAGCAAAACUUAACAUAAAACAGCUUUUAGGGCCCGAAAAGUUAUCCAGCGGGACUUUCGAGAAACGGGCCACAGGUCGCCAAACAGUGAAUAGCCAAGGAUAUUCUGAGUUACAGGAGCCAAUCAAAACGCGCGAAAAUUGCUUUUCACUGAUUUGGUAAAUACUAAAUAUAAGUAUCGCUUGUUGUAAGGAUUUACUGUGAAUUGUUAGUUCAUGGGCUCUUAAAAACUGCAUUCAUAUUCUGCACAAUUUUUCAUGACUGAAACUGAGAAUGCUUGCAGACUGCAGUUCAGAAGGAGUCUAAAGAUCUGAGAAAUAUUAUCGAGUCAGUACUUCGUGAAGAAACCCAAGUUAUAAAGAAGGAAAUGAAAGCUAUGUCUCGUGAUAUAUUAGAGGCAGUAGUUCAUCAGGAAGCAAAAGACAUAAACGAUCCACCUGGGGAAAAGAACCACUCGACGGACAGAAAAAGUUCCUUAGCUGCCAAAAGUCACUUAUCUGAGGGUAAGGUGAAUACUUUCUACGUAACACAACUUAACAAAUGACGACCCUUGGUAUACUGUCAAGUCUCAGGCCAUGUUUACUAACUGAAAAAUUUUUGACCGGUUGAUAGAGCGAUUUUCCCAUGACCUUGAAAUGAAAACGCGCGAACAAAACAGAAAAACAAAAGAAAGGAAAUAGAGCGAUUUGAUUGGUUUAUCAAAUGGACACAAACGCGCGUGGCUUUUGCUUGGUUAAGCAAACGCUCGGGUGAAGAAAAUUCAUGCCCGAUAACAUACUAGAAAUCAAUCGAUACUUCGCUUUGACGUCAUACUGCAACACGAUUGGCCAAUCGAACAAUGCCUUCUCCAUAUUAGGGUUAUCUUUGGUGGGAAAAUCAUCCAUUGGCUGAUAAAACAAAUAACGAACACUUACCGUAACCAUUUUUCAAGGUCAUUCGAAAAUCGCUCUCAUUCGUGCGUUUUGAUGUGUUACGGAGUCACCUUACUAAACCGUACGAAAAUUUAGACGCCUAGCUAUUCAAAGUUCAUAUUGAACAGUCCCGUGUGAACGAAGUGACUGGUCAAAUUGUGCACAGAAUUAGAUCUGGGUUGAUUAUAUUUUGCGAAAAUCCGAGUAUAACCUCAUAAUGGGUGGAAUAUACUCCACUCGUGACUCCCCUCCCCUCCCCUAUACGUGCAAACGUGUAAUGAUAAGGACAAACCUUUCCUGAAAACCAUCUCUAAAAUAUGAAAAACCCCUAUUGCGGACAUUUUUCUUCAUCGUAAAGGAACACUCGAUCACAUUGAGAAAGUUCAGAGAAGUCAUAUUUAUCUUCUUUUCUUCCAGAAUACAUGAAACCAGAGGGAAACUCAGAUCUCGGAGAGUCUCCGAGGCAUCAAAUCAAGCAGUCACAAAAACAAAACGAAAUUAAAUUGUCAGAAUCAAAUGAAAGGUUACCAAAGCCUACAAUGGCCUAUCAGGAGCCAGCUUGGGCAGCAAACACUGGAGGUAAGCAGCUACUUGGAAACGAAGACAAAGAGGUUAUAUACACAGGCGUAGACAAAAAAAUUGGAGUGUCCUUGGAGCAGAAAGUUAGCUCUCAAAGAACCCGUGAUGCUUUUGGGAGCUCAAACCGAUCGCGCGUGCGUCUUCCUGGCAGUAAGCUUAUCUUUGUGAAACCUUUGGCUGGAAAAACACUAAAUUUAGAAGUUAAACCAGGUAUUAAUGUCCAGAUGAUCAAAGCUAAAAUUGAAGGCAAGUUGGGAAUUCCCUCACAGGAACAAACUCUUGUAUUCAAUGGCGGGAAACUGGAAGAUGGCCGAGCUUUGAGCGACUACAACAUCCCCACAGAAUCAGUACUGCACUUGGUUCAUGGACGUGUUUCUGGCAUGCAAAUUUUCGUAAAAACGCUGACCGGAAAAACAAUAACUUUAAAAGUUGAACCGAGUGAUACUACUUGGGAUGUAAAGGUGAAAAUUCAAGAUAAGGAAGGAAUUCCACCAGAUCAACAACGUCUCUUUUUUGCCGGCAAGCAGUUAGAAGAUCAAUACACUUUAAGUGACUACAACAUGCAACAGGAAUCAACACCGCCGCACUUGGUUCUCAAACUCCGUUCUUGGAUCAUGCCAAUUUUCGUAAAGACGCUGACUGGAAAAAUAAUAACUGUAGAAGUUGAGCCAAGUGAUUCUAUUUUGGAUCUGAAGAAGAAAAUUCACGACAAGGAAGAAAUCCACCAGGUCAACAACGUCUCAUUUUUGCCGGCAAGCAGUUAGAAGAUAAACACACUUUAACUGAUUACAACAUCCAAAAGGAAUCAACACUGCACUUAGUUCUUAGUGGUGAUGGUGAUGUCAUGCAAAUUUUCGUAAAAACACUGACUGGAGAAACAAAUAAGACAAUAACUUUAGAAGUUAAACCAAGUGAUUCUAUUUUGGAUUUGAAGGAGAAAAUUCAAGGCAAGGAACGAAUUCCACCACAUCGACAACGACUCGUUUUUGCCCUCAAACAGUUAAAAGAUAACCACACUUUAACUGAUUACAACAUCCAAAAGGAAUCAACACUGCACUUGGUUCUUAGACGUGAUGGAAUGCAAGUUUUCGUAGAAACGUUGACUGGAAAAACUAUAACUUUAAGAGGUGAACCAGGUGAUUCUAUUUUGGAUCUGAAGAAGAAAAUUCACCACAAGGAAGGAAUUCCACCACGUCGACAAAGUCUCAUUUUUGCCGGCAAGGAGUUAGAAGAUCAAUACGCUUUAGGUGAUUACAGCAUCCAAAAGGAAUCAACACUGCACUUGGUUCUUAGA